AUGGCUGUAAAGCUUUCAUCUUUAACACAGUCCAGGAGAAUUCUCAACUGGGUUUCUCCAAUCGCCCCUCUUUCUUCACUAUCAUGCGCAAUUACCGUUUUGCCCACCCAAGAACCACCAGACCAAACCCAAUCAAAAAACCCCUCCGAAUUUGAAGCAAAGAUUCGAUUUUUAAAGAACAAGCUUCAUCCAGAUACCUUAGUUUCGAUUUUGAAGAACACCCACGAUCUGAAUUCUUCAGUAAAUCUAUUCAAAUGGGCUUCCCUUCAAAAACAAUUUUACCACACUGCAGAUACAUACCGCAUGAUGAUUUUGAAGCUGGGCAAUGCUGGAAAUAUUGAAGAAAUGGAGGGGUUCUGCAAUGAAAUGGUGAGGGAGAAAUUCUCGGGUUUCGAUAAGUCUCUGUCGGAAUUAAUUGAUUCGUUUGUUCGUAGUCGUCGGCUUAGUGAAGCGUUGAGGGUUCUUUAUGUUAUGAACUCGAGUAAUUCGAAGCCCUCGAUAUGCAUCUUUAAUGCGUUAAUGUGUGCACUUGUACAGGACAAAAGGGAUUUUAAAGAUGUGUUGUUUGUGUAUAAAGAAAUGGUGAAAUCCCGAAUUUUACCGAAUAUCGACACACUAAAUCACCUACUGGAGUCUUUGCUCGAGUCGGGAAGAGUUGAUGCAGCUAUGGAUCAGUACAGAAGAAUCGAAAAGAAAGGAUGUACUCCGAAUAUUAGGACUUUCCAAAUCCUAAUAAGCGGUCUUGCUGUUAGGAAUCGAGUCGAAGAAUCGAUUCUCGUAUUGCACGAUAUGUUUCGGUGUGGAUGUGAGCCCGACUCGGGUUUCUACACUUGCGUAAUACCUUUAUUUUGUAAUAUGGAGAAUCUCGAGAUCGGAUUAAUGUUGUUUGAAAUGAUGAGAGCUUCUAAGACAGCUCCCGAUUGCGUCACUUACGGAGCUGUGAUAAGAUGUUUGUGUGGAUAUCUUCGAUUGGAUGAUGCAGUCAAACUUUACGAAGAGAUGAUCGAUAGUGGCUUAUCGCCCGAUAAUCAAGUGUUUGUGGAUAUGAUAAACGGGUUUUGUAAGUUAAAUAGACUCGACGAAGCCCGACACAUUUUGGACGAGAGAAAUAUCGAGGAUAUUUGUGUUCGUAAUACACUUCUUGAGUCCUACUGUGAGAAUGGUAAUUUUAUAAUGGCAAAAGGUAUGUUCGACAAAAUGUUCGAAAGAGAAUUAAUUGAUUCUACGUCGUGGAAUAUCCUUAUCAGAUUCCUUUGUGAGAAGGGAGUGGUCGGUAAAGCGUCGGAGUAUCUUUGUAGAAUGGUUGUUUCUUCUUUUCCUGCGGAUUCCGCUACUUACUCUUCUAUUAUUCUCGGGAAUUGCAAAUCGGGAAACGUUGUGCAUGCUUUAGAUUUAUUUGCCCGUGUUAGAUCGAAAAGUUGGGUUUUGGAUUCCGUCUCGUACGCAGAAUUUGUUGAGUCUCUUUGUGAGAGGGGAAAUAUUCAAGAAGCGGCGGAUUUGUUUUUAUAUAUGUCUGAUAAAGGCUGUGCUCUUCGAUCCACCUCGUUCGGUGUGUUGAUCGAGAAAAUCUGCCUAAGUGGCGAAGUUAAACGAGCAAUCAAAUUACUAUCUCUAGCUUAUUGCACUGGUUCGGCUUCUUACAAUAGUAUUUUGAGAGGUUUAUUCGAGUCGGGACGGAAAAAUUGCAUCUUGGUGGUACUUUCGCGAAUGAUAGUAUUAGGCUGCAAUUUUACCGUUGAAACGUACUGCGUACUUAUUCAAGGUAUGAGUGCUCUUAAUCGGAAAGGUGAUUGUCUUGCUUUUUUCGACUUAAUGCUAAGCGAGGAAUUAGUGCCCGAUUCGCAAACAUUAGCUUGUUUGUUGUCGUGUUUGGCUAAGGAUUCUGAAUUGCACUUGCUUUUGCCUUCGAUGUAUAAACUUAUCUCAAAGUCCGAGUUUCUUGAUCCGUCUACGUAUAACGUACUCAUUGAUUUUCUGUGGAGAGAAGGGUAUAAAAACGAGGCGAAGUAUUUGCUUGAUUUGAUGUUGGAGAAGGGGUGGGUCCCACAUGGUUCUACGCACGUGUUGCUAAUGGGUUCUAUUGCAAGAAACGAAAUGGUCAGCAGAGAAUUUGCUGAUGGAAUGUUUGGUAAGCAAGAAGAUAGUGUAAGUUGCAUACUUGAAGAGGGUCUUGGAAAAAUGUGA